ACAACCCAGGUGCAAGACCAUAUACUUGGCUUUGUUGAACCUUGUAAGAUUCACCUGGGUCCACUGUUUGAGUCUCUCUGAACGGCAUCCUAUUCCUCGGGUGUGCAGAUCACACCACACAGCUUACUGUCAUCCACAAAUUUGCUGAGCAUGGACUUGAUCCCACUGUAGUUGAUGAUGAAGAUAUGAAAUAGCACCGGUCAGGCUCGUGAGUGGCAUCAGCCUUCACUCCAUCCAGGUAUUGAGCCACUGACCAACUCUCUCCAAGCAUGAUUUUACAACCAGCAGGAGCUGUGCCUCACCACUAGCUUGAUAUCAGGGCUUUUAGUGUUGCCACCCCAUUACAUAUGGUUCUAUCGGGAGUCCUUGCUUCUGCUCAGGAGUUGCCCGUCUACUGCCACCCCCUGCUUGGCCGAGUGGCUAAGAUAGGUCUCUCAGAUAGCCCCACGGCUUCUGGGCCACGCUUUCCCCGUAACUGGUGCCGCAGCUGGCUUUGAUUAGCUAGCUGGCUGGCCCCGCUGCCCGCACAAGGCUUGCUGCUGGGCGGGGCAGUAGUAACAAGGCCGCGCCUGGCUGUGGUGGGCUGGAUGUGCUUCAGCUGCCCAGCCGGCAGGAACGCGGUGGGCAUGGAGGAGGAACGAAUGCUGAAAGGGGCAGAGUGUAAAGACAGCAAGGAGGGCUUAUCACUGAACACUGAGCACUUUAUGAUUGAUGCUGAUCCUCUUGGUGGACACAGUACGGGGAGUAAUGCGCUAGUUGCAUUCCAACUUGCAACUAUAAAAGAAGUUGGGGAUACCCUGGAAAUAGAAGAUAGGACCAGCCUUGUGAAGGAGGAAGAUAGCGGUUACUGCAUGCUGCAGGCCACUGGAUCAACUUCUCAGGACUCAACAGCCCUUCCAUUCAACCUUGCCUCAGUGUGUGUACAGUUGUCAGAUUUCUUCAGCAACAUAAAUUCUGUGCCUUCUCUUCCUGUUGUUAUGUUUGCACAGGCACCCACAGAUAAUUCAGGGUCACUCAAACAGCGUGAAGGUUAUUACUCUGAUGUGACUGAAAAUGUGGCAAAGAAAAAUAAUAAUUGCAUAAGUGGAACGUGUGCUGAGAAGGUACCUGGUGUAAUCUCUGGAGAUUUCUGCAGGCUAGCACUGUUAGAGGAUGUAUAUGGCCCAACUACUUGCAGGUCAGUGCUCUGCACUUCAGCCAGUAUUAUAGGUCAGCAGUCCUACACGGCAUCUUCAUUCCUGAAAUCUGGAAGUAGUCAUGGUGAGAACAAGCAGAAAGAGGAUUUAUGUGAGGAUCCAGAAAUUCUACUGCCAGUCAAGAAGAAGACACGCACCUUCUAUAGCGCAGAGCAGCUAGAAGAGUUGGAGAAGGUGUUCCAGGAAGAUCACUACCCUGACAAUGAAAAGAGGAGGGCAAUUGCAGCUGUAGUUGGGGUGACACCACAGCGUAUCAUGGUGUGGUUUCAGAAUCGCAGAGCAAAGUGGCGAAAAACAGAGAAGUCGAAUGUCAAAGGCAGCAAAAAAUACUCAACGUCAGCAGCUCUGGCAGUCCAUUCUGGGUCAGACAUUUGUGGGGCACCUCUUCUGCCAAUGCCUCCAUUGCCUGAUCAGUCUGCCAUAUUAAGUGUAGACACUACAACUAGGAACUGCUCCAGCAGGCUCAGUGAGCAUUCUGCAUUGCUUGCUUCCUCCUCAGUCUCUCCAGUGACAGGGAUGAUAACAUCUUGUGAAGCAGUUCAGACAAAGGCGUUGCUGCAGCUUGACUUCAGUUCCAGCAGGGUGGAGUGCUUCCCCAGCCUUCCUAGUCCUCCACCUAUUCGCAGGGCCAGCCUGCCUUUUAGUCCUUCCUUCAGCCCCUACAGUCACAUUGUUCCAUUGAUGCUGGAUGCUCCCAACAGUGAAUGCAGCUUGUCUGGUCAGGAAAACAGCUCCAAGGAGGCCUUCACUUAUAUCAUCCAGAAUCAAGGCUUGUGUUCAACAGUUUCUCCUGAGCAGCUCGACUUUAUAGGCAGUCUAGAGACCCCAUACUGUCAGUAUGGCAGCCAGGGUGGAACUUACCAGCUGUCCCAACAUCCCCAGCAGCAUCAGUGUUCCCAGUUCCACCAUCUGCCAUUUCUCCAACCCAGCAAUGUCUCCAGCAUUCACCUCACUUCUACAACACCAACUAAAUCCAGUGCAGCUUUCCUUGCCCCACCUGGCAGCACUGGAAUGGUAACCUAUGGGCCAGCAGGAGACACACAGGGCUAUGUACAAAACCAUGUGGGGGAACAGCCUGUGUUACAGUGGCAGAAUGGAAAUGCAGUGGGCAUCACUGCCAAUCAAGUUGUCCCCUGGAAUGAUUGCUACAUGCAGGGAGCUCUGUUCUUGCAUCAGCUGCGCUCUCAAAUGCCAUUUUCUAGCACAGCAGGAGGACAGUCUUUCACAGAGCAGAUUUUGUACACUCAGCUGCCUUGUCUGCCCUCUUCUCCAUAUUGCCUUCAAGUGCUCCACGGAACAACAUUAGGAUCCAUGCCACAUACUGGAAAACAAAAGGGAACAAUAACAUCAGGCCAAAGUUCAUACCAGAACCACCAAAAAGAACUGGAGUUGACAUCACUUGCUGAAAGAGAGGAAAUAGGGAGCAGCAUCAAGAAGGAAGAGAGUAUUGUUGGUAAUAGAAAUGGAGAAUAAAUGGUAUGAGUAAAAUAGAUGGCGAAACUAUCAGACUUACUGCAUUAUAAAUUGAGCAGUUAGAUAGGAUUGAUUAUUUCUACAUGUCUCAUGUCUCAUGUCAAGGCAGAACUUCUCAAGAAAGAAGAGAGGAAGGGAUAGCUUUUUUGUUUGUUUUCCCAAAUGACUUUUCAGAAAAAAGACAUUUAUUUUAGAUACAAAAUUAUAUUGCUCUAGAUCUGCUGUAAAGAGUUGAGGGAGGAUGUUUGUCUAAUUUUGCAAUGUGGAUUAUUUGGAAAAAAUCCAAGCAAUUCAAGGCCAUGUGAAAAUUGAAUUUUCUUAAUUUUUCUUCAGAUGUUAAGGAAGAAUUGAUUGAUGCUGUGUUCUGAGAAAAAGCAAGAGGAAACAUUACUAUUUGAACUGCAAAAUAAGAAUAGAGAAGAGAAUAUGAUGUAAUUUACUUUUUAAAAAUUAUUAUUAUUGCCAUUAUUGUUUUCCUGCUGAGGAAAGAAGCUGGAAAAUUUAAAUCAAUCUAACUUCUUUUGGUUGUUUGUUGUUGUUGUUUUUUUUCUUCCAAAAUCUGACUUCUUAAUAAUUAAUGAGCAUGUAGGGGAAAAAAAGAGCUGAUACAGGCAACAGAGUCCCCUGGAUAGGUGGAAAUUCUCAAGAGUUUGAAAGUAUGGCUAGUAUCCUGGAUGAGAGCCCAGGGACAUUAAGUUGCAUACAAAACAAGGGGAACUCCAGCAAAUACAGCUAAUUUUAGAAACUACAGACAGUACAAGAAGUGUCGUGGGAAGUCCAGUCCAUCAUUUUUUCAUGUUUGCCAGCUUUAAAAUACAAAUACCAUAAAAAAUAAUAUAAUCAAACUAUAUAAAUGUCAGUAAUAUAACCAAAUCUCCAUCAGUUAUUAGUUGAUUUGCAUCUGGUUUGAAUUGCUGAGAAUUAUGUUGUUCAAACUUACUUAGGAAUUGGUAACUUAAAUAUUUUGUGGGUAGCACUUUCACAAGAUACUAAGAUCUGACACAACACUUGAAGUGGCUCAGUUAUUGUGAGAUGGGUUAAGCUUUUAACUGUCGUCUUCAGUUAACAGAAACUGUGGACUGUUAAUGAGUUAUGCCUUGCAUUUGCACCUGCAAUCUUCUAGGAUGGGUUGCAAUUUAACCUGUUGGGAUGUUUCAUAGCUGUGGCUUUUCUCUUACAUUCUUGAAAUCUUAAUGAGGGAACAUCAACCUGCAGUGUUAUUAUGAGUAAUUAGUACAGUAAGUGAUCUUGAUUCAGUAGUCUUGGCUGCUGCUUUACCUGGAGCUGUCCUCCUAGGAAACAGAUAAAAAUACAUCUCUGAAAUUAGUCAUCAGUGGUAGUAGCAGAGGACUUGACUGAAGAGGCUUUAUAUCCUGGUUCAUAAACAAAUGGCUACACUUCCUAGGAACUGUGGCUUCCAAAUAAGCUUUAACCAGAAUGCAUAGGAUGUAUGAGGAAUGUCUAAAAUGUCAGGAUCUUGCCAUGUUCUUCUGAGGACAAACCAUUGUCUUACAUGAAGUUGACAGUGCAUUUCCUCUGACGAUUUCUGUGUUGAACUGUGAGCCUUUUCAUUGUCUUUUGGCCACAGGCAUGGCUCAAGUAAUUUUUACAUUACCAUGUUCUAUAUGCUUCUGUUGUACUCUAUGAAAUUAAGCAUUGUCAGGUCUUCUGCUUCAUUUUUUUUUUUUUUCCUGUACCAUAAAGGAUGUUAGUAGGAGUUGAAUGCUGCUGGUCUACUUUUUUUUCCUUCCCAUUUCAAUGUAUUGCACAACACUAUCAGUGGCCAAAGGCUAAGCAGUAUAGGUAGAAACAGAUUUAUGUCAUGAAUCUACAAAAUUGUGAAGGAAUUUUCUUUUUCUAGAGCAAACAUUUAUUAUUGACUGCAGCAGGCUGGGAAUGUGGCUGGGAAUGAGCAUCAGUUCAGUUCAUGCUUGUUUCACUCAUCCACAGCUGAACAGUCUAAACCAAUAUUUUUAAGAAGCAUGAAAAGGAAUUUUCACUGCAAUUACAUGUGUGACCUGAAAACUGUUAGUGAUGACUGCAGUAUUCUCUUUAGCUUGUUUUGUUUAUAAAUAUUGUCUAGGUCCAAAACCAACCCUUCCAGGAGAUAAAAAGGACAAGAAUAAUAACAACAGAAUAUUGGCUUGUCUGCUCCUACUUGCCUUUUCUUACCUGAAUUGUUUUUCUCUUUACUACAUAUUCUUGAAAAAUUUUUAGUUUCAGAAAUAGGCCUUUUGGCUGUCAUUUGCUGUGUUGCACAGUGAACUCGCAUAUUCUGCCUGUGAUAUAUCCCAUAAAAAUUAUAUGGAUGUUCAGGAUCGCAAUGUGAAGCAAUUUCAGAAAUUACUGGGAUUGAGUGAGCAUAGUAAAAUUUUUAAAUGGAAAAUCUUUUGUUUUCAAGCUUUUGAAUAAAAUGUAGGCAUCUCCAAGUAUUUUGAGUGAAACAGUAAUAUUCAUUUCCGUGCUUGCACCUUAGAUUUGCCAAGUUAAUUUGGCUUGAAGUUUUGAAUGUAGAAAAGUUUUGCACCUGUAGAAAACAGAGUAGGUACUUGACAGUGUGCAAAGGCCAAAUUCAUUCCUUUUGCAGUUCCAUUGACUUAGCUGGAGCUAAACCUAGCUUAAUCUACUCCAUAGAAGCAAAGGCAAUUUUUUGCCACUUCUGGAAAACAAUGUGCUCACAUAACACCAAGAGUUGGUGUUAUAUUAGCAGAUACACUAGUAGCUUGAACUCUCAUAAUUAGGCUCCUCUUGCUGUUCUCUCUGCUGCAGCUUCUCUUAGUAAAAUUGGAUAUGUUUUACAAUGCACUGUUGCUUUUCUGUUUACAAGAUUCUUUGCAUUGCCAUUUGAUGAAGGCUCAAGAGAAAGCCUAAUGAAAUAACACCUGUUUUAAUCAAGAGGAAUAUUCUUAGUUUCUUUAAAGAAGGAUGAAUUACAAAGUAUCAAUGUU